AUGCUACGCAGCGGCAUCAGGUACUUUGGCGCUUCUCCAGGCGCGGCGCAGCGCGGCCGAAGCCAUCGCUCGCGCAUGCGCUGCAACGUAUCCCGACCGCUGCCUUUGCUGUCUUCUGCUCGCGGUGGAAGCAACGGCGUCUCUGUUGGUUUGCUUCCGUUCCGAGCUCCACGAUCAGGCGCCACUGCUGUGCCGCGCUGUCUGCCUCACCCGCUGUUGCCGCACGUUGUGGGUCCUGGCUCUAACUAUGGCCUGUUUGCUCGCUCCUGGUCAAGUGGCAGGAUGUCGGCGGACGUGGAGAAGCAGACGGAAUCGCUCGCCGAUGGAGACGUUACGACUGUAUCUCCGCCAAAGAAGGAAGAAGCUGCGUCGCGUGAGUGCGAGCCACUGAUUCCGGAAGCCCUUCCGCAACAGCCGUGGCGUCAACGAGUCAAGACGUUUGCCAUUGAGUACGGGCGCGUCGGCAUCUGCACACAUAUGGUGCUGUCUAUGCUGUCAUUGUCCAUCAUCUACGCGGGAGUCUCGAGUGGGGUAGACGUCAAGGCCAUUCUCGAUUGGCUGGGCUUCUCCACAUCAGCAAGUGACUCGACUGCGAACACGGCUGGAACGUUCAUCAUUGCCUACACGUUCUACAAGGUGCUCACGCCUGUCCGAUGGCCUCUCACGUUUGCUGUUACGCCAGUGGUCUUGCGUGCGUUGAGACGCAGAGGUUACAUGCUGGAGUCGAACACUCCACCAUCGAGUCCGACACCGCCCCCUCCGUAA